AUGGUACGCUUGACCGAGGCAGGUCUCCUCUGCUUGAGCAUCGCGUCGAUAGCCUGCCUUGCGCGCGCCUUGCCUACCUCUCGAGAAGAGGAGCCGCACGUUAGCGCGCUUGGCAGCGGCAGCGGCAGCAGCUCCGACUCCAGCUCAGACACGGAAUUUGGAAACGAUGUAGAGGUGCACACCCGUUCGCAAGGCACUUUUGUAGGAACUUUCAACAAGACGACGGGUCAAGAUCAAUUUUAUGGCAUUCCUUACGCGACUCCACCGCUGGGCCAGCUGCGUUUUCAGCAGACGCGACCUCUCGAAGCGUACAAAGGCGAUGAAAAGCGAGCAGCAAAGCAAUUUGGCAACCUCUGCAUCCAGACGAACAAUGAAACGUUCAGAGGCAGAGUCAACUUUUCAGAAGAUUGUUUGUACCUCAACGUUCAACGACCCGCUGUCCGCACCGUCGGCAAAAAGCUCCCCGUCUUGGUGUUCAUUCACGGUGGAUCUUGGAAAGAUGGCGGCAGCUCCGCGGUGAGACUGUCCCUUUGCUCAGAAGGAUUUUCCGCGGUCACUGAGCUAACGCAAAAGAAGUGCUAUGAUCUCUCGCAGGUCAACUACGACCCCGCAAACUUGAUCCAGCACUCGCUCAAGCUGGGCGAGCCUAUCAUCCACGUGGCCAUGAACUUUCGUCUCGGUGUAUUCGGCAAUCUUCUAGGGCCCGGUAUGUCUGCUGCAGACAAAGCAGGAAGCGCUGCUCUGAACGCAGCCUACUACGAUCAACGAGAAGCCCUUCGAUGGAUUCAAAAUAACAUCGAAUAUUUUGGAGGAGAUCGUGAUCGGGUCACUAUCUGGGGUCAAUCCUCCGGCGCCAACGGUGUGGCAGCUCAAUUGCUAGCAGACGAAGGCGACGUUGGCAAAGAUUGCAAAGGCUGCUUCCACAACGCCUUUUUGGAGAGCGGCUCUCAAGCAACAGCCCCCAGACUUAGCCCGACGUCGACCGAAGCCACACAAGCUUACGGCGCUUUGUUGAAGAUGCUCGGCUGUGCCAUGGCAAAUGUCAAUUCUGCAGAUAGUGUGGACUGCCUCAGGAAAGUCGACGCUGCCAGCCUUGAGCAAGCUGCUAUUGCGCUCAGCGGUGGAGGUGCAGUGAGUUUGGUGUCCCUAUCGAUGACGCCCUUAUAUGAUACUGAUACCAUCAGCCUUGCCAAAUUUGCGCAGCUCUUUGUUCCAGUUCUGGAUCGCAAGUUUGUAUCUGAGCUGCCAUCGUCGCAGCUAGCCCAUGGCAAAUUCGCAAAGGUUCCAAUCAUCAGUGGAGACGUUCUGGACGAAGGAACGCUCUUUGCUAGUUUGAAUCUGAAGGGCAACACAAACACCACCACUUUUCUUGCUGGGAUUGCAAAUUUGCACAAGGUACAAGAUGAAGCUGUGCUGAAACAGAUCGCAGAGCUGUACCCCGACGAGCCAAAAGUGGGGAGUCCAUUCAGACCAGAAUUGGUGGGAGCGUCGCCGGACGACAGGUUCUUUGGUCCUGCUCAUCAGUGGAAGAGAACAUCUGCAGCAGAGGGCGACUUGCUCUUCCAAGCAGGUCGUCGUCAGCAAAUCCAAGCGGCCAGCGAAUCAGGCGUUGCGGUAUACAGCUAUCUCUUUUCUCUGCCAUCCCCUACAUACGUUCUGCCCGGUCCUCAGACCGGUCCCUUUUUGGGAAUUCCGCACGGUUCGGACAUUCCGUUCCUGUACAGCAAUACGCCCAAAGCAGCACCUCCAUCCUCCUCCGCAGCUCUGGUCAAGUACGCAUCUCAAAAGGAUCUCGAUCGACAAUCCGACAUUUUCUCUUCCGCCCUCGUCCAUUUCGCUCAUACAGGAAACCCCAACGGCAAAAACCUACUUGGUCGAGCUCCCAAAUGGCCUCGAUACGAUGCGCAGUCUAAGCGAUUGCUGCAGGUGCAAGGAACAUACAACACGACGAUCAUCGAGGACACUUAUAGAGAACAGGAGAUUGGUUUUAUCCUUGACAAUGCCCCAGCUUUCCAUAUCUAG